UCGAACACGAUGACAUCUCUGAGGCUUGUCUUCUUCCAACUGACAUGUUUGUUCUUGGGGGUAAAGGCUCAGGCAGCUGCUCUGAAGUCGGUUCAGCCAGACGGAGGUUUAUUAUCGUUAAAAACUGGGGACAACUUGACUCUGACAUGUUUCCAUAAAGCUAAUGUUCCUGCAAGGCUUUAUUGGUAUAAACAACCUCUGGGACAGAAACCACAGCUGAUCUCUUCCGUCUACUGGUCUGUUGAAAAUGGCACUUUUCAUGGUGAAUUUAAGUACAAUCCACGCUUCACACUGGAUACAAGAGAUGGUAAAAAUCACUUAAAGAUCUCAGAUCUGCGUAUUUCAGACUCCGCUGCUUACAAUUGCAUGAGUAGUUUUUCAAGCGCGUUAGAAAUUUCAGAGAGUAUUACAGUCAGUGUGACGGGUUCAGCUCAGGUCCUUCAGUCGGCAUCGGAGAUCAUCCAGCCAGGAGACUCUGUGACUCUGAACUGUACAGUACACACUGGGACCUGUGAUGGAGAACACAGUGUUUACUGGUUCAAAUACUCUCAAGAAUCUCAUCCAGGACUCAUUUACACCUAUGGAGGCAGGAAUGAUCAGUGUGAGAGGAAAGACAACACACAAACACGCACCUGUGUCUACAACUUGCCAAUGAAGAGCCUGAAUCUUUCUCAUGCUGGGACCUACUACUGUGCUGUUGCCUCAUGUGGACACAUACUGUUUGGAAACGGGACCAAGCUGGACGUCCAAGAUGAGGUUGCCUUGGCGUAUUUCUGGAGGGGAGCUUCGACAUUCUUCAGCAUCCUGGCUGUUUUACUGGCUUUCUCAGUGUGCAUGAUGAACAAGAGGAACAGCUGCCACACUUCAGCAGAGACUCGAUCAGGAUGUUCAGCUCCCUCCAAACCGAAUGCAGAGCAUUACCAAAAUGAGGACGACCACUGUUACGCUGCUUCAAGUGUCAACCUGACAAAGAGAUCAAGAGGACAAAGAGAUCAGACCUGGAGUGAGUGUGUGUACUACAGUGUAAAGCAGUAGAACUGGACUCAUUACAUUUGUACUUUUGAAGAAGAAUAGAUCUUCUCAUUGACUCUUUCUUAAGGUGUAAUGUAGAUUUAGAUUAAACUUGGAACUUCAUAUGCUUUUUUAACUUCAUUUUGGCCUGCAGCUCUGAGGAAAUUGCCCUGUGUGCUGUUCAUCUGUAUAUGUUUGUGUGACUUUGUUUCAUGCAUAGAAAGCAUGUAUCUAAAAUUAUAAUAUUAAAAUGAAUGAAUGAAUGUGACUUAACCAGUGUAUUCAGAAGCUUAUAUUGUGUCGUUGUAGAAGCCAAGCUUAAUCUUUCUGUGUUUAUUAGUUGAUGGUUUUUAAAUAAAUAAAAAAAAAAGAUUUUUUUUAAUGCUGUCAAUGAUCAAUUAAAUAUAAUAAAACAUUUGGAGUACAUUGAGUUUGAAAAAUGAUUUGUGUGCUUGUUCGAUCCAGAGGUAACUCAGACGUCUUCCAACAUGAGUCGGUACCAUGAUCGUUCUCAAACAACGAUCGUAACAGUUCAACUUUU